UACAACACUUAUGAACAAUGUUCACACAACAGCAAUGUUCAACACUACAGCACCCAUAGACAUUCACACAACAUUUAAUGCUACAACAUUCAACAUCAUUUACUCAGAACUGUUUAGUGCAACAGCACGCGGCAAAACUGAUACAGCAGCAUACAGUGCUACAACACCCGGCAACAGUGACCCACAAAUAAACCCUGCCACUACACCAAAUAAAAUUUCUACUACAACCAAUGCAACAACCAGUAACACACACAUAGUGCAACACACUGCAAUGCCCAGUAACAACCACAGUAAAACAUACAAUACAGAAAUUCCCAGCAGCAAUCACACAGAAACAUACAUUGCUACAUCACAUAACAACUUUCAAACAAACUCUAACAUUACUACUACAACCAGCAAUUUUUACGCAUCAAGGUUUAAUGCAACAACACCCACAAAUAAUUACACACAAAGCAGCAAUUUCACAGCAAUGUACACAUUUACAYCACCUAUYAAAAAUGASACAAUAGUGAACUWUGCAACAACAACCAGCAACAYUUACAUAGCCAUGCACAAUGCAACCACAACCGGAAAAAAAUACACAACACUUGAUACGACAACACCCACUAAKAAUUACACAACAGUAAACAAUGAAAUCUCACAAAGCAACAAUUUCACAGCAAUGUCCAUYUUUACAAUACCCAUAGAAAAUGACACAAUAGUGAACUAUGCAACAACACCCAGCAACAAUUACCCAUCUAUGUUCAAUACGACAGCAUCUAGCAUAAAUUACACAACAGCAUACAACACAACAACAACCAGCAACAGUUACACAACACUGCACAGUAUAACAACACCCAGUAAAAAUUACAUACAAGUGUUCAAUGCUACAACAGUCUCCAAUGCAACUGCAGCUCCUAGCAAUUACGCAACAUUACACAAUGRCACAACUCCUACCACCCUUUUAAACAGUCACACAACAACUUAUAGUACUAAAACAACCAGSAACAAUUAUACAGCCGUGUACAAUAGACCUAGUGAUUCUACAAUUACUUACAGUGCAGCUAUACACUCCAACAAUUACACAACAUCAGAAACUAUACCCCCUGCUACYAUAUCUCAAAGUAAAACAACAGAAUUUAUAACAGCUGUACCAGUCAGGAAGCCAGAAUGGAACACAACUGUCACAGGUACAAACACAUUGGUUUCUGCUGCCACCAGUGCGACUGACARUACACACAUAAAAGACUCAACUGGGAAACAAACAAAUUAUUUUGGUGACAAUAUGACUAAACCCACACAAGCUUCAUUUGAUAACCACAAAGAAAAAUGCACCACAUAUAGAGUGACUGACACAAUAGACAACAAAAAAUCCACAGCUGACAGCAGCAUCCAUACAACCAAAGCACAAAGUGACCUAACAACUACAGCUGUUGCAUCUCUUGCUCUUUCUGUAUCUGCAACUACAACAACCACUCAUAACCCAGCUGAUAAACAUAAUCCUACUGCACUAUCUACAACUUCUAACACAUCAACUGUCCAAACUGCCUCUCCCACCACAACAAUCACUACAAUGUCCAGUAAAGCAACUACUUUAGUGACUACAGAAGAGACAACUACAAGUAAGAAAAACGAUGACGAACAAGCAGAUGAGCUAUUGUCUCGAACUCAAAAUGCAACUCAGCUCAAUUCCUCUCAGAGAAACUUCUGGAAGGCCCCUCGGUAGCUCAAUCAGUGGGACAAAAAAUCACCAAUAUUAUCAACAACCUGAUGAAUGGGAAUCCUUCGGCUCUUUCUCAAUCGGCUAACAGACUAAUUCAUUUGGUGGAUACUCUGGGCUUUAAAGUGGAGGUCACAGGUGACGGGAUGAUCCUGUCCUCAGCUUCAUUGGUUCUCGCGGUCAGGACAGUGGAUGGAACCAACUUUCCAACAACUUCUAUGGACAUUGUUAGCACUGAUAAUAUCCAGCUUCGUGCUCUCAGCAGGUCCCGGUUAAAAGGGUCAGGCCCUAUGUUGGGCUCAGUAUACUUACCCUCAUCUCUUACAGCUGGUCUAAAUCCUGAAGAGCAGAGGCGGGCCAGCAGAGUUCAGUUUACUUUCUACACCAAAAAUUCAUUUUUUAAGGAUGCAACUUUAGACAACCAAACUGUUGUCAGUCCAGUUCUGGGAUCCAGUGUGGCCAACCUGUCAAUCAGCAAUCUGAAGGAAAACAUCAUGUUUGCAAUCAGAAACAAUAAUCCUGUGCAAGCAAGCAACAGAUCCUGUGUAUUCUGGGAUUUCACCUUGAACAGUGGUAAAGGAGGCUGGAGAUCUGAUGGUUGCUUUGUUGUCAGUGCCACUCCCGAGUACACAAACUGCAGCUGCAACCAUCUGACAUCUUUUGCAYUACUGAUGGAUUUAUCCAGGCAGGGUAUAACUGACCAUAAGCAGGCACAAAUUUUGACUUACAUCACCUACAUUGGAUGUGGAAUUUCUUGUGUUUUUCUAGCCUUCACCUUGCUGACAUAUUUGUUAUUUAAAAAACUGCUCAGAGACAUUCCAGCUAAGAUCCUGGUCCAGCUCUGCUUGUCCAURCUCCUCCUCAACCUUGUGUUCUUGUUGAAUGGAUGGCUGUCCAUGUACUCAGUCCCAGGUCUGUGUAUUAGCACCGCRUUCUUCCUGCACUACUUCCUGUUGACGACAUUCACGUGGGCAGGUCUUGAGGCCCUGCACAUGUACCUGAGCAUAGUUCAGGUGUUCACACCCUACCUGAGCAGAUACAUGCUGAAGUUCUCUUUGAUGGGCUGGGGUAUUCCUCUCAUUGUGGUGAUUGCUGUUAUAGCAGUGAACAAGAACAAUUAUGGUCUGGUUACAUAUGGAAAAUACACAGAUGGGACUACAGAUGARUUCUGUUGGCUGAGUAAUGACCUCGCCUUCUACGUGGGCGUGGUCGCCUACUUCCUCCUGAUCUUUGUUCUGUGUCUGGUGGUCUUCGUCGUUGUCAUGAUUCAACUGAACCGAAUCAAGAAGCAGAACCCUCACAACCAGUCCCCAAACAGGGGCCUGAUUACAGACAUGCGCAGCAUCAUUGGCCUCAUAGUCCUGCUCGGCCUCACCUGGGGGUUUGCCCUGUUCGCCUGGGGGAACCUCUACCUACCCUUUGUUUACCUUUUCUCCARAUUCAACUCUCUGCAAGGUUUUUUUGUCUUUAUUUUCCACUGUGCUGUAAAGGAAAACGUCCGCAGGCAGUGGAGAACAUACCUCUGUUGUGGAAAACUACGACUUGCUGAAAACUCAGACUGGAGUCGAAUGGCUACUCAGAACAGGAACUUGACAGCCGCCACCAUCACCCACUCAGACCCUCUCUUUGUUUUUCACAACACUUCCGCUGUCAACAUCGCCACCAACAACAAGAGUUCUGUGUUGUGGAACGGCGGAAUAUUCGACUACUCCAACAACGACGUCAUCCUCAACGAGAUUCACAGGCAGCACUUGGCCCAGCAACGCAAAACCUGACCAGCAAACAUGCCGAGCUUUGAUUUUAAAUUACCUAUUGUCUUCUUGGAGGGUUCUGAGAGCAUGGUUAAGGAUUAGUGAUCUCCUGCAGACUAGAAACUAAUCGUAGAUGCAACCAA